UCUCACCUUGUCUCUCCUCUUCUUCAAAAAAAUAAACCCCUCCAUUUUUCUUCCUCUUGCUAAGCUAAGUAUCUUUUUUCUUUUUCAAAACUGAAAGAGCUAAUAAUGAUGAAGAUUAAUGUGGCGAAGAAAAAAGCUUCAAAUCCAACAAUGGCGUUGAUUGGACUCACACUCUUCGUCUUGAUGAUUAUAGUGUUGGGGCAAAAUCAAUAUUUCUUCCUCGCAAGUUUUCAAUCUUUUAUUACCUCAACCCCUCAUACAAUCAGUCAUCAUAGUAACCAUGGAGGCACUUCAAAACAAAAAUCUUUGAGAGCACAGGAUCAACCCCUUGAACCAUUUUCUAGGGCACCCAAGUCAAUAAUCAGAUGCGACAGGUCUCAUUAUUUCUAUGAUAUUUGCUCAAUCAACGGGCCAACAAUUUUUGACCCAUUUGAGUCAACAUUCUAUGACAUGGAUUCAAUCAACAAGAAUGAGACAAACAUCAUAGUUGAAAAGAUCAAGCCCUACCCAAGAAAAUGGGAGAAUUUUACAAUGGGCCAAAUCAAAGAAUUCACUCUUACUACAGGCCCAUUAAGCCCACCAUGCUUGAUCCACCACAAAGCCCAAGCACUAGUGUUUAGUUUGGGUGGGUACACAGGAAAUUUUUUCCAUGAUAUCAAUGAUGGAUUCAUUCCCCUCUUCAUCACUGUUAAUUCUUUGUUUCCUAAUCAAGAUUUCAUCUUGGUAAUCUCCAAAUUGGAAGAUUGGUGGGUCCAAAAGUACAAGGAUUUAUUACAAAGCUUUAGCAACUACCCAAUCAUAAAUAUUGACAAGGAAAAUGUCACACAUUGUUUUCCUAGUGCAACCCUUGGCCUAAUGUCACACGGUUUCAUGAACAUAGACCCAAAAUUAACACCUAGCUCAAAAACCCUAAUAGAUUUUCAUAAAUUUCUAGCUACCACAUAUGGCACCGGUCAGUCUCAGCUUCAGCGUCAGUCUCGGCCUCGACUCGUCCUGGCAAGUCGCGGUGGCAGUGUCGGACGUCUGAUCUUGAACCAGGACGAAUUAAGAGUGGUCGCGGAACAAAUUGGUUUUGAGGUGAUUUUAUUAAAGCCAAGAAAAAACACAUCACUGCAUGAAUCAUUUGGAUUGAUACACUCAAGCCAUGCAAUGAUUGGAGUGCAUGGAGCAGCACUAACACAUGCACUAUUCCUACGUCCUAGUUCAAUAUUUAUACAAAUUAUUCCAAUUGGAGCUGAAGGAGUAUCAGAUCUUUGUUUUGGGAGAUUAGCAAGGGGCAUGAAGUUGGUUUAUGAGGAAUACAAAAUUGGAGUCGAAGAAAGCAGCUUAAUGGAGAAAUUUGGAAAAGAAAAUAGUUUAGUGCUAAAAAAUCCAAAGGCUCUUCAAAAAAAUGGUUGGUCUAAGGAAAUUAUGGAUAUUUACCUCAGAGAACAAAAUAUUAAGUUGGACUUAAAUCGCUUCAGAAUAUAUUUGGAGAAAGCAUUUAAAAAAGCACAAGUAUAUACGGCUAUCAAGGGUUAGUAAAUAGAGGGCGGGUAAAUUUUGUGUUAUACUGUAUAUAAUAUUUUAUGCUGGAUUGUAUAUUAUUGAAAUUAUCCCUACUUUUAUUUGGUUAUCA